AUGCCGUCACGGAACUCGGAUCGUCACCACCGCGACCGCGCAACCCAUGAGGACGACGACCCCUACUACGACGACUACUCCUACGAGCGCCCGCGUGCAUCACGCCGUGCGUCGCGGAGCGCACAUGAGCUAGACUCCGCUGAGGCGGGGCGCUCGCACCGGCGUCGCGGCCGCACCUACGACGAUGAAAUCAGCCCUGUCCGACCGAAGACCCGCGCCCGCUCGCUUGACCAGAGGCCACCUCGUCGCCGGAACGACAGCUACGACUCGUACGAUGACUACUCUGACAGCGAAGAUGAUCGGCGUCGACGACACAACAGGAGCCGUGGUCGGGGGAACGGUAGUAGCCGCCGGAAAGACAGCAAGGUCUCCGCUGCAUCGACUUCGCGGUCUAGAUUGCAGCGACGAGAGUCGGACAAGGCGCAUAUCAUACAGGCUGCGGCGAGCGCUGCUGUCGUUGCUGGUGCUGCUGAGGCUUGGCGGAUGAGGAAGGACAAGUCAUCAUGGCAGAAGAAGGGGAUGAGGAUGGCUACGGCCGCGGCCGGCGCAGGUGCCAUCGCGGCGUUCAAGGACAACAACCCAAAGGACUAUGGUAAGAAGGACGCAGUCGGGGCAACGAUUGGAGGGUUGCUGAUGAAUCAAUUUGCCAGCGGGAUGUUAAAGAAAUAA